UCUCUCCAACAGUGGCGGAUCCGAUAGUGGGGCGUAUGCCGGCCGGCCGGCCGGCCAAGCAACGGAAUAUCCUUUUUGUUAAAAUAAUAUAACUACCGUAAAAAGAAAAAAGAAAAAAAAAAAGGGGAAAGGUUAAAAAUGUCGAGUUGCCAAUGGAGUAGCUUCACUAGAGUAUCACUAUCUCCAUUUCCCUUGCAGCCAGCACAACUCAAUACGGCAUUAAACUUGAAGAAACAGUGUUGCUUUACCAAAUCAUCGAUGGAGGAUUCCAGUUCCCAGGGUCACCAAUCGGCCUUUCAGUUUCUGACGAAGAAGCCUUACGAGCCUCCUCCAUGGGCUUCGCUUCUUAGCCCAAUUCCCUCUCACACCUUUUCGCUUGGUCAUUUUCCGACUCCAAUUCACAAGUGGAACCUGCCUAAUUUACCGAAGAACACCGAGGUUUGGUUAAAGCGUGAUGAUAUGUCAGGAAUGCAAUUAAGUGGAAACAAGGUCAGAAAGCUGGAGUUCUUGUUGGCAGAUGCUGUAGCACAGGGUGCUGACUGCAUAGUGACUAUAGGUGGCAUACAAAGUAAUCACUGUCGUGCUACUGCUGUCGCUGCCAAGUACUUGAACCUUGACUGCUAUCUCAUCUUACGCACUUCAAAGGCUCUUACCAAAAUAUUGAAAGAAAAGCUGUUAAAUGAAGGGAGAAAGCCAUAUGUCAUCCCUGUUGGUGGAUCCAAUUCUCUAGGAACCUGGGGCUAUAUUGAGGCAAUUAGGGAAUUGGAGCAACAACUUCAGCACUUGAGCAUUGAACAGAAAUUCGACGACAUUGUUGUAGCUUGUGGCAGUGGGGGUACGGUUGCUGGUUUGUCAAUUGCAUCCAUGCUCAGUGGCUUGAAAGCAAAGAUUAAUGCAUUUUGUGUCUGCGACGAUCCAGAUUACUUUUAUGAAUAUGUUCAAGGCCUACUUGACGGAAUCACUGCUGGAGUUAGCUCCCGUGAUAUUGUUAGCAUCAAAACUGCAAAAGGCCUUGGGUAUGCUUUGAGCACCACUGAUGAGCUUAAAUUUGUGAAGCAAGUUGCUGAAACCACAGGUGUUAUUCUUGACCCUGUCUACAGUGGUAAAGCAGCUUAUGGAAUGAUGAAAGACAUGGGCGAGAAUCCAACAAAGUGGGAGGGAAGAAAGAUUCUGUUCAUACACACAGGUGGGCUACUAGGUUUGUAUGACAAAGCUGAUGAAAUAGGGUCACUAAUGGGCAAAUGGCGUAAAAUGGAUAUCAAUGAAUCUAUCCCUAGACAAGAUGGCAUCGGCAAAAUGUUCUGAAAUUGACGAAAAAGGUGAUACCAAUUGUGUUGUCAUUUAUCAACGCUUACAAGAUUAAAAAUCAAAUUCCAAACAUUUCUAGAUUCAGAUGAAUAAAAAAAAGAUGUUUUCUGCCUACAUCCAAGACUAGUUGAGUUAUGGAUGCAUGGAUAGUCUUGUGCUCCCCUCGAUUAUUUCAUUGUAUACAUGUUACUGUUACUACUCACUAACACAUGUAUAACUUUUCUUUUUUCUGCUUUCCUAGAAUUUGAACUUGUGUUCCCUUUCAUUCAA